ACGGUAGAGGCGCGGGCAUGCGCAGAGAAUUCGGCGCGCGAAGCUCCAGCAGCCGGAAGUGAGAGAAGCUGAAGGCAAACGGUGGCAGUUUGGGAUUUGAAUCUCUCAAACAACUUCCAUAAUCUGUAAACAUCAACUUUAAUAUGGCAGACCCGAAGGACCAGGAAGACCAUGACACCACUGUAGAUGGCACAGAGGAAUCUAAUCAUGAUCCCCACUUUGAGCCCAUCGUGUCUCUUCCUGAGCAGGAUGUUAAAACAUUAGAAGAAGACGAGGAGGAGCUCUUCAAAAUGCGGGCUAAACUAUAUCGUUUUGCCUCCGAGAAUGAUCCACCAGAGUGGAAGGAGAGGGGGACUGGUGACGUCAAGCUGUUGAAACACAGAGAGAAGGGCACAAUUCGCCUCCUGAUGAGGAGAGACCGGACCUUGAAGAUAUGUGCCAAUCAUCACAUUGUUCCUGCGAUGGAGCUGAAGCCCAACGCCGGCAGCGACAGAGCGUUUGUGUGGAACACAUUAGCAGAUUAUGCUGACGAGUGCCCCAAACAGGAACUCCUGGCAAUACGCUUUUUAAAUGCAGAAAAUGCUCAGAAGUUCAAAAUGAAGUUUGAUGAGUGCAAGGAGGAGGUCAGAAAAAUCCUAGAGAAAUCAGGUGAUGCUGAGAGUGCGGAUAAGGUGGUUGAGAAGCUGGGAGAUCUAUCCGUUAGAGACAAGGCAUCAGAGGAAAAGAAAGAAGAGAACAAAAAGAAAGAAGAUGAGAAAAAGGAGGUGAAAGCUGAGAAGAAUUAAAAACCAAGAACUUGCUUUGCUGAUCUUCAGUUUAUCUUUUUUUUCCUCUUCCUACAAUAGACUCUUAAGGAACUGAAUUUGGACACUUGCAUAAUGUUUUUUUCUAUUUUUUUUUAAAUCCGUUUUGCCUCAAGAUUACAAGUCUUUGAUGCCACUGGGGAAAAAUAUCAGCAAAAGUGUAAACAGCAAAAAACAUGCUUCCUCCCACCUUUUUCUCUUAGCACAAUGGAAAACCACAUUUUUCCAUUUUUGUCAUUGAAAGUUACUAUUGACAAACUGUGAAGAGGCUUGUGAUAGUGAUAAUUCCCACAUUGGGGUAUUUUUUUGUUUUUUGUUUGCUCUUCUGAAGCGAAGUUUGUAGUGGGAGGAUAAUGUAGCCUGCUCAUUAGCAGCACACAGUCAGGGACCAGGCAUUAUGGAGGUGCUUUAUAAAGAUGGAAUGAAACCUGUGAGGCAUCUCGGUGGGCCUUCAAACCCUGUCCACACUUCUACUGUUAGAUUACAAGGUGAAGACUUCUCAGUGGGUGCGUUGUAGAGCUAGUUGUUUCUUGGUUCCCUCUUUAUGCAGGUCUAAUGGUAGCUGACCUGCGAGGAAUCCACUCCAGACAGUUGAAAGGCGACAGACAGGUCAAAAUAUUCACUUCUAGCUUACUGACAGAAAUGCACUUGCUAAAAAUGUCAUAUUUCCUUUUAAGUGUCUCAAAACGAAUAAGCCCAAAGUAAACGGUUCAUCAGUUUGGUGCAGCUUUUUUCUUUCUCACCCAAGUUUUUCACCAUGAGAUCAGGUUUGCAUUCUUUAGAUCCUAACAUUCCCAGACUUAAAAGCAUGUAGAGUUUAUGUAAUGGAGUGUGCCCCAUCUAAUCUGUGUGCUCACCACCCACUCCUUUCCAUCCUGGACUCAUAAGUGCAUCUAAGUGCCAGUGCAUCUGUAAAUACAUGUGUAUGGAUGAAAUGUUGCUCUUCAUUUGCACUCGGAUGAUCUGAAAUGUUUCUUCCAACUUCAAAUAAACCUGAAAGACCGUAGGCUUGGAUUCAUAUGACAUCACUUCCUCGAAGCUGCGUUAAAAAGAUAUUGACUGAUGAACAUGAA